CUGGCUAAUAACAAUGUCUACCGGGAUCUCCUCAACAGAUGGUACUACGAAACCCACUUUCCCGAGAUCUUCGCCAUCCCCAACGGCCCCCAAGUGGGUUUCCGCUUCAAGAACGCCAACGAGUCCGCUACCUUUCAUCAUCUCACUCUUGUCCCGUUGCCUAGUCUUGCACUGGUGGAUUCCCCCGAUUUUAAGAACGCAAAAUAUACCUAUGACCUGCUGCCUAAAUCCCAUCUCGAGCUGGCUGAGUUUGACAUCCGGUACUACGAGAAAGUCCGGACCUUCGAGGACCAGAUUUCCAAGGACGGCCGUAUCGGAAAGUGCUUGGUCGCCAUUAGCAUCGACUCUGACAAGAGCGAUGAGACAGAGAAAGACUUCGACGCCUGGUAUCGUCUGCAGCAGCCAGACAUGCUUAGCGUGAUUCCCGGAUACCGCCGGACCACCUGCUACAAGUUGAAGGAGGCGCCCAGCUUUUCCGCUACGAAUUCAGGCGACGUACCCAGAUACCUGGCUCUGCACGAAUAUGAUAGCACAGAUAUUAAAUCAGAGCAUAUAAAGUCUUACAUAGGGACCCAGUGGAGCAAGGAAGCUCUCAGCGAUUCCAGAUCGUUCAUAAGAGACGUUUGGAUUACUAUCCACGAGCAAGGUAGAGAAGGACUCGGACUAUAA